AGUUUGCCCUUAGGAAUGAGGAAGUUCAGACCUGCAGGAACCGGAGUCCGUCUGGUGAAAUCACGUUUUCACUGCAUGUUUAGAGCAAAGCCAGUGAGAGUCACGAUGGGACGCCAGCGGAGAUCAAACAAUCUGUGCUUCGUACUUCUCCUACUUUUCUUUGGAGCACGUUUCGUCUGUGCUGCAGGGAGUCACCAAUUUUGUUUUACCUAUGGUUGCUUUGACUCAAGUGACACCGAGCUCUAUGUGACAUUAGACGAUGAUAAAUUGUAUUAUGCAGAUUUUAAAAACAAUGCUAGCGUCUGGGAUAGCAAAAUAGAAACUAUGAAAUAUAAAUAUACAUACACUACAAGUAAAUAUGCAGCAAUAUACCGAACCAUGUGUAAGAAAGAUAUACAUCGAUGGAAACCGGACCCAGACGUUAGAAGGACUAAAGACCCACCAGACGUGAUGAUGUACUCCAAAGAUGAAGUGAUUGAAGAUGUAGAGAACACCCUUGUGUGUUUUGCCAACAACUUUUUCCCACCUGCAAUCAACAUCAGGUGGACCAGGAAUGACAAACAGGUGGCAGUGGAAGAUCCCUUCGUCAAAACUAUUUCCAACUCUGAAGGGGCGUUUCAUGUCUUCUCCUACCUGAACUUUGUUCCAAAGCAAGGAGACAUUUACAGCUGCACUGUGGAACAUGAAGCCCUGGAGGAGCCUAAGACCAGGUUUUGGGACGUUGAAACAGAGAAGAUGAGUAUGGGUCCAUCCGUCUUCUGUGCACUUGGCCUGACUCUUGGGCUUCUUGGAAUUGCUGCAGGAACUUUCUUGUUUGUGAAAGGAAACCAGUAUUGUUACAACGCAGACAUUGUUGGUUAAUGCAUAACAUAAAAGAGUAGCUUCCCUUUUGGCUUUAUUUGCAUGGAAUAAUCUUUAUGUACUUUUAGGCUUUGUAUACAGGCAUUUUGCCUAUGCUAUGUUGGUGUAUCAACAGCAGGCUUGUAAAUGUUCAGGUUAGCUUAAAUUACUACUA